AUGAAGUAUGAUCUUGAGAAAGCACAGUGGAAGUCAUCAAACCGCAAGUGUUUGAUGGUGAUCAAGAGUUUGAUCAUAGAAAGUAUAAGGGGAGCAAUCCCAGCUAGUGAGACUGCCACAAAGUACUUGAAGAAAGUGGAGAGUCAAUUUGUUGGCUCUUCAAAAGCUUAUGCUCAGAUUCUGAUUCAGAGGUUAGUUAAUGACAAGUACACUGGUGGUGGCAUAAGAGAGCACAUAUUGAAGAUGAGCAAUAUGGCAUCUAAGCCUAGACCUAUGGAAAUGGAGCUCCCAAAUGCUUUCAUUGUCCAUUUGGUUUUAGCCUCCUUGCCAAGAGAGUUUGAGGCUUUUGUUGUUAAUUACAACAUAAGUCCAGAAAAGUGGGAUUUAGAGAAGCUCAUUGCAAUGUGUGUGCAAGAAGAGGAGAGGCUUAAAGCCUCACAUGGUGACACCCUCAACCAUGUGAUGCACAACAAAAGAAAGGGCUUUCAUGAUAAGAAUGCCAGACCACAAGGGAAACCUCAGUGGAACAGAGGCUCCUCUUCUAAGCCACCUGUCAAGGAUCCAAAGAAAGAUCAAUAA